AUGCGGUGGACAAUUUUAUUUUGUCUUUUGAAUGUAUGUAGCUGCUACAAAGUGCUCCUAGUCUUUCCGUUCCCUUUUAAGAGUCAUAGCAUUCUUGGAAGAGGAUUUGUACGGAACCUACUCAGCGCCGGCCAUGAGGUAACCUACGUCACGCCUUUCGCCUUAAACAGCUCUCAUCCAAAGCUCUAUCAGGUCUCAUUAAAUCUGUCUAGUACUCAUUUUGAGAAAUACCUGGACAUAAAACCAUUGUUAGAGAGAGCUGAACCAAUGAAUUAUUGGGACGUUUUUGGGCUUAUGCGGGGCGUGACGGAAAUGGCUGCCAAAGAUAUUUACAGCGGUUUCUCCGCCUUAUAUGACUGCCCGUUCAUCUGGUUCUUCCCUUACGAUCAGUAUUUGGAAAUAUUUCGUGUAAUGCACACUCCACCUAACCCAGCAUACACGCCAAACUUAAGAACCAGAAACAUUCCACCUUUCACCUUCCAGCAGCGAGUUCAGGAGUUGUGGUAUUCGAUUACCACCUUAUUUUACAGAACUUAUUACUAUACACCAGUAGAAAAGGGCAUCUAUAAAAACUUCUUCGCAUCAGCUAUGAGCAAACGUGGUAAGAAGUUGCCAGAUUACGACGCCGUAAGGUUCAACGCGUCUCUAGCAUUUAGCAACGCAUACGUCACCAUGAGAGAUGUAUCAGAAACUCCAACCGCCUUAAAGAAUAUUGGCGGUUUUCAUAUUGAUACAAAACUGGAAUCAUUGUCACAGAAAUUGCAAGACAUUAUGGAUAGAAGCACACAUGGAGUUAUAUUGUUCAGUAUGGGCACUCAUUUGACUUCACGUGGAUUGCCGAAGCUUGUCAGUGAAUUUGUGGAAACCUUCAGAAGGCUAAAGUACACAGUUUUAUGGAAGACGAAUGAAGCAAACCUGACCUUACCGAGUAAUGUUAUUCCAUUGCAAUGGAUACCGCAAGUGAGUGUUUUGGAUCAUCCAAAUUGCGUGCUUUUCAUAACACACGGAGGUCUCAUGUCAAUCACGGAAAGUGUUCAUUUCGGAAAGCCCAUCGUCGGCAUACCAGCCUAUUCAGAUCAAUUCAUAAACGUGAGGAUUGCUGUGAAGAACGGUUUCGCCAAAGAAGUGAAGUUGUCCUUGGAUUUGGGGAAUGAGUUGUUUGACGCGAUCAACGAGGUCGUCAAUAACCCUCGGUAUACUCAAAGAGCGAAAGAGAUGUCUUUGAUCUACCAUUCGAGGAUAGCGAAACCUGGUGCAGAGCUGGUGCACUGGGUCCAGCACGUUAUAGAAACGAAAGGAGCUCAGCACCUUCGAUCAGCGGCACUCCAAAUGCCCCUAUAUCAGAAAUGCUAUCUAGAUCUCAUUAUUAUUGUUAUAAUAUUAUUAACUAUUCUAAGAUAUAUAGCGCGUAGAACAUUCGAACGUUUAACUAGGAAAACAAAUGGUAUAAAGAAAACGAAUUAA